CUCUGCCCGUCUGUUUGUACCAUCUAUAUUCAGUAUGUGAGUCUCCACAUUAGAAGACGGUCAUCAUGGUAGAUCGCGAAAAAGCUAAGUGGCUCUUGCAACAGUGUGUUCCCGUAUUCAAGUGUAAACCGUGUUCUAUUAAAGUCGUAAACGAUACAUAUGUUAUAACAGAAACGUCUACAGAAACGUUAACAAAAUUACAACAGCACUUAUCUCGAAAACAUACAACGCAAUAUACUGACGUACAAUCUAAUAUAACUGAAUGUCUGCAACAUUAUACUUUUGAAUUACUGUGUCAAGACUGUUCUAUGCGGAUUCCCGAAUUUAGAUAUGAAACGUUCGAAGACCUAUUAGCAGUGAUAGAAAAGCACUUACGUGAUAUACAUACAAAAACAUAUGAAUCUGUAGAUAUCAACGUUAUCAGUAUAAACGCUCCAUAUUGUUCCAAUAUACGAGAACGUUAUGUAUAUCUGAAAGGAAGUACAUUUAAAUGCACUCUUUGUUUCCAAGCUGUUCAGAAAGAAGUUGCACAAAGUAGUUGGUAUCCUGGCGGGAAUCUAACUCAGCACUUACUAAAUGAACAUGGGGACGAAAGCUCGAACACAGAAGCGUAUACAUCGAAAUAUCAUUGGUUUUGGGAUCAUGCCGGUAUAGAUAUUGCCACAGACGGAUCAUGGACUCCGAAAUGCCUUAUCUGUGAGGACUGUAAACGAUUUACAAAAUGUAAGGAAUUUAAAAAAUGUAAGAAAUUUAAAACCGUCUGUGACAAACUGCGGAAUCACAUGACAAACAAACACAAGAGGAAGCUUCCAAUUAUGAUUGCAAACAAUGAUUUAGAUGAAAUGAGUAUCGAGUCAUAUAUCAACUUACGUCAUCCACCUGCAGGAAUAACAGUUCAGGAAAACCAACCUAUGGAUCUAUCUGUAAAAAGAGCUAAACUUCAAUCGGAUGUUUCUGACAAACUUGUAGCAGACUCAUCGAGGGAUAAACCUAUACAUAAUGUUUCGAAACGUGCACGUCUGGCAGACCAAUGUGGGGACAGAUCUGUACACAGCGCUUUGCAACACGACCCCAUAACAGACGUGUGGUGGGAUAGACCUGUACACAGCGCUUCGCAACACGGCCCCAUAGCAGACGAAGGGUUGGAUAAACCUGUACACAGCGCUUCGCAAUACGGUCUUACAGCAGAACCAUGUAGGGAUAGAUCUAUACACAGUGCUUCCCAACAUCGGCCCACAUCAGAACAAUACUGGGAUAGACCGGUACACUACGCUUCCCAACACGUGCGCACAGCACACUUAUCGAAUAAUGAUAUUCUAACUUCUAAGGAUACUUGACGAGAUACUUUACCAUUUUUUAACGCAGCAUUAAAAAUAGUAAAUAUUUUGCAGGAAAGGUUAUAUAAAUUGAUUUAUUGAAUAUCUAUUGUAUUGACAAUUUGUAAACCAACCUAAUAUUGCGUAACAUUAUAUAAGAUAUUAUAGUACCGCUUCCAUCGUCGUAACUGCGAAUAUUGUGUAUUAACAAAUUUACUAAAUUAGAUAUUGCAGUGAUGUUUUUAUUAGGAAAGUGCAAUAUGAUGAGUACACAACUUUAAAGACAUGACACAUGUACACUUAAAAUGAUAAUCAAACAUAAACAUAAGUUUAAAUAAGAUGAGAUAUGAAUAAGUAAAAUCGGGAACCAGAUACAUUUCCUAGUUUUGAACAUACUGUACGUAAUUAUGGGUUUGAAGUAUUAACAGCAAAUUUUCUUGAAGAAUCGGCUUUGCCAUGAAAGUAAGACUAAACUAUUGCAAAAAGUGUCUAGUACCUACAUGGAUGAGGAAUCACGCAACUCAAACAAACUGGACUCAACCACUACUUUCCUUGUGCGCAGCUAUAUGUGUCUGAAAGUGUAUAUAUGACUUGAAUUAGGCUAGGGUUGAGUCAAAUUCGUUUGAUUAUACAUGUACGUAAAACUAUUUCGUAGUAGUACAAUACAUUGUAUUAUUUUGCAUUGGAAAAUAAUUGAACUAUAAUCUUCCCAACAUUGGUACAAUAUUGUGAAAACGGCGGCUCAUUUUAUUUAGCUAAUAUGCUUAUUUUGUAAUACUAGUUUAAUAUUGUAUCAAUAUGAGAUCAAUAUUUAAUCAAUAUUAGACCAAUAUUCAUAUUAAAUUGCUAAAUGUUGUCUAAUGUAUUUUCAAUAUUAAUUUAAUAUUAUAUACUUAUAAUCGCGGAAUAUUUGCAUUUAUUACGUUAUCAAUAUUCCCUUUGAGAAAUAUUAGGCAAUGCAUUUCCAGUAGAACCAAUAUUGGAUCACUAUUAGCCAAUGUUUAGCCAGUGUAUUGUACCACAUAUUUCAAUGACAAUGUUUCACUAGAACAUAAUGGAAUGCUUAAACUUUUCCUCAUUCUAUAAACAUCUUAUGCGACUUCUGAAACAUUACAUAAGCUAUUAUACAUAUUAGAGCUUGCGUAAAUGUACUUAUUCGAAUAAUUUAUAUUAGAAAAUUUGUUAAUCUAAAUGUUACGUUUAUA